CGCUACACAAACAACCAAAAUGGCGUCCAAGAGCAGCAGCUUUAUGGAUACGAGAGCUGAACUUGCCGAACUCGUGAAGCGCAAGGCCGAAAUCGCGGAUACACUGGCAAACCUCGAGCGGCAGAUCUAUGCAUUCGAAGGAAGUUACCUGGAGGACACACAGCUGUAUGGGAACAUUAUACGAGGCUGGGAUCGGUACUUGGCGCCAAAUAAGAACACAAACAGCAAGGCAGACAAAAGGAACCGCAAGUUCAAGGAAGCUGAACGUCUCUUCUCAAAGUCUUCCAUCACUUCCAUGGCUGCUGUGAGUGGCAUAAUAGAGAAGGAUGAGAGAGAACGCACCAACAGCGAGUCCGAGUCACAGAACCAGCAGAGUGGUAGCGAGGAGAAUGGGCCCGUGUCCUCCCUGCUGCCCUCACAGGGAGGCUCUACUGUGGCUGGCAGCGGUGGGGGCUCAAGCAGCAGCACGUCAAGCAGCAGUUCGGGCGGCGCGGUCAACGGGGGACCUGGCGGGCCACAGUCGCCAAACCCGAGUGCCAGGUCACACAAAGGGGGCUUGCCUGCAGCCUCCAUGGCUUCCCAGCAUCACCAUCACCAGAGGGGUGUAGCGACACCCUCGUCGUCCUCUGGAGCCAGCGUCAAAAAGUCCGCAAAGAAGUUCCGCAGGGCUGUGGACGAGUGAAGAGCUGUGGAACUUAGUCUCGGAACAUGAUCACAAGGAUCCAUUCUUUUUACUGGCCAUAAGUUGGCACCAGUCAUGUCAUCAUCAUGGAAGGAACAGCUUGGCUCACGCCUCCACGGCUGUGAAUCCAUCUGAAGCGAAGUCAACUAAGACCUUGUAAAAAUGUGUAACAUUUUCGGUGCACUGAAGAACGCAGGAUGAAUGUCACACGAAUGCAUCGCUGAGGGUAGUAUAGUGCUGUGUACGUGUACCUUUCAUCCUAUGUACUUCGGUACGAUAAAAAACGUUACGAUGGAUUAGCAACAUGCCCAAGCGCAUGCUCUUGCAAGUUGUAAAUGUGAUGUUGCAUUGUACAGUGCAGAUUGUAGCAUCAUGUAGUUGCUGCAUUAAAGCUAUCAUCCCAUUAUA